GAGCGGGGGCAGCACGUUGGGAUGCGCGCUACUUAAGGCCCAGCUGCGUGAGCCAUUGACGUGUUUGGAGCUGGAGACGGCCUGGGCGCUGGCGGAGCGGCCGCCCGAGGUGGUGUGGUUUUUAAAGAAUUUCUAACCGACGAUGGUGAUAAAAAGUAGAACACUUUCACGGAAGGGGGGCAACCUGAGUUCAGUCUGCGUCCGAUCAUUGUUGAGAUUACAUCCAAGGAGUGUGAACAGCGGAGCAGAGCUCUGUGCUCAGAACACAGGACACACGUAGACAAGAAAGCCGUGAGUUCAUUUUGUGGCCUCACCUGUCUUAGGAAGAAGUCAAGCCUACAAAGGAAUUCUGUGCGGGAGAGGAAGAAGCUUCUAGGGAGAAGACACUUAGGAUGCCCCUGGUGACACGGAGGCUGAGGGAUCCUGACGUAAACCCUUGCUUGUCGGAAUCGGACGCGUCUACCAGAUGCAUGGCCGAAAACAACUAUGACAAGGAGAGCUGUUCUUCUCACUUCUUGAAGUACAAGAACUGCCGGAAGUUCUGGAACUCUGUCAUGAUCCAGAGAAGACAAAACGGAGUGAAGCCGCCCAUGCCCACGGCAGCAGAGAGAGACGAGAUCUUGGGAGGAUUGGGGAAGAUGCCCUAUUGAGUGCUUGCAUUAAAAUUAUUUAUUUAACUUAG